AUGUCCCCUGACCAACAGUACUGGCUUCCGGGGUACGGGCUGUCCCGACAUAUCGUCUUAGGGCAUAUCCAUUACUUCUUAGGCCCGACUGCGUCAGUCAGACCCUAUAGCUAUCAGGUAUGUCAGGUUGAUACUUCUGCUCCACUCCGGGUAACUUGUCCUAAUCAUAUAUCUUUGGUGAUAAAGGGACGUGAAGGAUAUCUCAUCAACGGCGUGCCUCUCACGCGGGAACAAAUUGACGACCUCGCAACAAUGUCCCGGGAGUACGAAAGACAGGAGGCAGUUCGCAUGGCUCAUAACAAUGGCACCGCAACUUCCAGUCCAGGCAGCGAUAAAUCAACCUAUCAUACCUCGCACGAGACUUUUAUCAACGAGAUUAUCCCGAUAAACACACCUGCUCCACGCAGACGUGAUCAAGAUUCACGAGGUCGUUGAUUUUCUUUCCGGAUGCGCUACCAUCUAUUGGAGAGGAUAGCCCACUUCCAGCCCUGGUCCAAUUGUAGGAUUCACUUGCAAGGACAGCCCUAUGUCGUCGAUUGACACUAUCCAGCGGAUCAACUCUGUUCUUUCUUUCACCUGGAACCUCAUAUCCAUGAGGCAGGGAAACUUGGCCAUUUCCUGGACACUGAGCCUCUGGAAAUCGCCGGACUCCAUGGAUCAAGCCAAGGCGGUCCGGUCCAGUGGAAGCUCCGUGGAUGGAAGCGGUUAUUGUGAAGGUAGCCGUAGCUUUGG